UUCAAUUGUUUCAUUCAGUCCACGACGGGAAGUCGGGAACUCCAUCCCACUAUAUAUAUUUUAAUCAUUUUGACUCCAACGAUCAAGAAAUCGAGAAUACGGUACAACACCACCACUCAGGAGACAUAGACAAUGGAGAAGGGAGAGAGCUCGGGCAGCAGCCCCGCCGGCGAUGAUAUUUGGGCAAAACUAGUGCCACUAGACUCGAGAUAUUCAGAUAUAGAGUUGAAGUCAAAUGAGACAACAAUCUGCUCGGAGAUCACGAGUUCGUCCAAGGAAAAGCAAGAAUGGUGCAAGAUAACUAAGGAGAAGGAUCAAGUCUCUGCUGUUGUACAAAAUAUAAGUUCUGAUUCUAUCCUCGUCGAUGGCACGAUUGUUCAACACGGUGAUACAACAAUUGUUAGAUGUGGCAGUGAAAUAAUUCCAGGUCCUGAGGUUGAAGGGUUUAUGAAGUAUAGGUUUAAAUCAAUGCCUGCCAAGGAAAUCUGCAAGAAAUCACUGAAGAUCAAUCUAGAUCCCGAACAUGCGAAAUGCUCCAUAUGUUUGAACGUCUGGCAUAAUGUUGUGACGGUUGCACCCUGCUUUCACAAUUUCUGCAAUGGAUGUUUCUCAGAAUGGUUAAAAAGGUGUCAAGAGAGACAUGCUGUCGUCUUAUGUCCUCAAUGUAGAGCAGUCAUUCAAUCUGUUUCAAGGAACCACUUUUUGCAUACAAUUGAAGAGGAUAUACUAGAAUCUGAUUCUUCUCUAAGGCGUUCAAAUGAGGAACUUGCUGUUUUGGAUUCUUAUUCAUUGAUCAAGUCACCUCUUGUUAUUUGCAAUGGAAGGAAACUACGCCGGAAGAGAGCACGUGCUCUUCCUGAAGAGGAAGAUGCAACGGAUUUCCAUUGCCCUCAAUGCCGAGCGGAGUAUACUGGCUUCCAGUGCAAUCAAAGUACAACUCAUCUGCAAUGCCAUGCCUGUGGCGGGAUGAUGCCUUCCAGAUCAAAUGCUCCUAUACCUCAGCACUGUGUAGGAUGUGAUCGAGCAUUCUGUGGGGCUUAUUGGAAUGCCAUGGGAGUUAGCAGUUCUGAUACUCAUCAAAUAUGCCUUCCCGAGACUCUUAAACCGAUUACUGAUUAUUCCAUCACUAGAAUUCCUUUUUGGGCACAUGAAAGGAAUAGGCAUGAACAAGAUAUUACGGAAAAAUGUAUUAGACAGAUGGGGAGGUCAUUGCAAGAUGUAAUUGUAGAAUGGAUUGGAAAGAUGGGCGAUCGAGAAAUAGAUCGGACAAGGCUUCGGUUGAACCAUUCUGAGAGGAUUACUCCUGAGACACAUGUCUGCAGUGAAUGCUACGACAAAUUAGUCUCUUUUCUCUUGUACUGGUUUCGGAUCACAUUGCCUAAACAUCUUCUACCUCCUGAAGCGCUGCAGCGUGAGGACUGCUGGUAUGGAUAUGCUUGUCGGACGCAGCACCAUAACGAAGAUCAUGCUCGGAAGAGGAACCAUGUGUGUCGCCCGACUAGAGGUACUCGCAUCCCGCCUUAGGAAGAUGAUCUCGUGAAUGUUGAUGUUGUUGGCACGCCUAGUUUUGCUGUCAUAGUACUUGAAACGGAUAUAUGGCGUGCUCUGAUGUAAUAAUAUAUAUAUAUGUAUGUAUGUAUGUAUUCCUUGAUUGACUUUUUUAUUCGACGCACGCUAUGUGAUUAUUUUGUGAGAUCCG